AUGUCGAGUACCCCAGACCAGGAGCUUGUGUUUCUCCAGUCUACGGAUUGCCAACGAGCGCACUGGAAACUCGCGCACAAGGACAGCUGCAUCCCCCAUCAUGGUCUUAUGAAACCUGUAGACGCCAUUGACGCGUCAGGCAGCCUGCUGAGGGAACCUGGAAUGGGCACCGAAGAGCGCCGCAUUCUUGAUAUGGGCAAGAAGUUCAGCAAGUGGAUGGACACAUGGCGCCCAACGCUCGUCGAGUUCGCACUUGUAUCGCUUGACCUAGCGAAUUAUCCCGAGAGGGCAAAGACGCAUUGCACCGCAAUAUGGACGCAUCCGAAUACCAAGCCACACACUGACAAGCUGCGAGAUUUCGUGAUCAGCCGCAUCAAUAUUUACACCCUGGAACGCAUCGUCGAGAUUUUGCCUGACAUGGUCAAGUCUGUCGGCAAGAUGGGCCCAGGCGACGUGCCGCUGAUGCCGUUCAUCACGGUGCUGGACGACCCACUCGAUGCGCAAACGCGCACGCGUGUGCUGCAAUGCAAGGGUGAUCCGAAUUUCCUUGCCGAAUACAUCAACCGCGACAAGGGAUACAGCAAAAUCUGUGCGCAACUCGCGGAGCACAACCUUCGUAUCGCGGCGGACACGCUUGAUCCCACCGUCGCAGGUAACUUGUUCAGGGCGUAUGAGAAGAUGGGACAGAUUCCGAUGCUGCAGCCGAGUUCGUAG